AUGUCAGCUAUCGUCCCUUGCUGCCACAUAUCCCUAUCUAGGUCCGUAGGUAGGUAUCUAGCACAAGUUCCACAGGAGCGGCUCCCGAGAUACCAUUGCUAUCGGCUUUGUAACAUUGAAACGGGCUCGGAAUUCGAUGUUACUGACGGCAUUUCACAUGCUCAAAGGAACGUUCACGGUUAUCGGCCCAUGUCUUGUUGGGAGCCCACGCCAACGGCUUUGGAAGGACCGCAUGUCGCUUUUCUGGAGCACAGUAUGCAGUACCGGUACAUUAUACUCACAUUGAAAAUGUCAAGUGCCACGCGGCAAAUUAGAGGCCAAGUGGGACUCCAAGAUAAGCAAUUCUAG